AUGUGGAAGCGUCCGCUGCGCGACGUCGUGGUGCGCUGCCACGUGGGCAACCUGCGCGUGUCCGGCGUCAUGGCGCGCAACGCGGUGGAGGAGGUGGCGCAGCGCUGGGAGCUUCCGCUCGCUUCCGAAGGGACGAAGCUCUGGGGCGAAUACAUGGCCGGCACGGCCAUGCUCAGCUCCUUUUUCAAGGGCGAGGAGCGUGUCAAGAUGAUGGUCAAGACGCCCAACAUCCAGGAGCUCUACGUGGAGGCUAUGGCCGUCGGAGAGGUCCGAGGCAAAGCCGUAUACGUGGACGAGUCUCUUGCUGGAGCACCGGAACGUGGAGGCCACAUGCACAUUUCCAAGAUUUUAUACGGCGCGGCCAAGCCGUACAAUACAUCCAUCGAGGCGUCUGGGGUUCCUGAGCUGGACUGGCAGAGAUUUUUUGACGUGUCGGAGCAGGUUCCAACUAUCGUGCGUAUCGAUAGCGCGGCGGGCGAGGACCACACGCGCAGCUGUGGACUUAUUGUCCAGAAAAUGCCACCAACGGAGGCUCACGAACGCCAAUACGAACUUGAUGAGCUGGCGUUCGACAAACUUCCGUUCUUCGCGACGGAGUUGAAGAAGAACGCGGACCUGCUUGAGUACCUGAACGAAUUGAUUCCUGGUGCUGACAUCACGGAUAAGAACUGCAAGCGAGUGCCGCUGGAUUACUACUGCCGCUGCUCGAAGGACAACUACGCACAACGUCUCAAGGAUAUGGGCGCGACCGAUCUGAAGCAGAUUGCAGCAGACGUCGGCAACGCAGGUGUGGACCUCACCUGCCAUUUUUGCAACGAUGCCCACCAUUUCUCUCCUGACGAGUUAGACGGCCUGAUCGAAUCACUGUCAAAGGCAUAA